GCAGCAGGUGCUGGGACACGACCUACUGGAGGAGGUAGCAACUGUUCUCUCCAUAUGUUAAACAACAGGAGGACUUCGAGAAUUAUGGCCAGUUUACUUUUACCUUUACCACUAUCCCACGUGAACUGUAACGCUGAGUGGAGUCCCCAUUGAUUUAAAGGGGAAAAAACAAAAAGGGCGGGACUCACUCAGCCAGGCAUAUUAGUGAAAAACUAGCGCUAACAGAAGAAUACUAGUGCUGAAAAACCUGCCUGGUGGGGAAGACGACUACUUUCAGCUACUGGCUUUGCUCCUAAAAGUAACGCGGAGAACGGUUGAGGGGUUAGAAAAUACUUUCCGGCAUGGUUGGCGC